GACAGUGUGCCAGACAAGCCUGGGAGGAUGGCUCUGUUAGAGGCUGGGCUUGGUGAAAAACGUAUUAGCAUGAUAAAGAACAAGGAUCCAGAAUACCUUAGAAAUAUUCUGUACGAGAGUUAUGACAAGCUUAAAGAUGGAGGAGCGUUUGAGCUAUUAAGAACUGCACCCACAACAAGACUUCUGCUAGAAAAAAUAUUAAUGCCAGCCUCAGGGUACUCAUCAAACUAUUUGAGUGAUGAAAGUGGCCUUGGAGGGGCCAUUUGUUACAUUAGACCAGUUCAAAGUAAUCUGUCACUUGAUCCUGUUCAACAGGUUGAGCCAAAUGAAGACUGUAUUAAAGAAUUUUGCAAAGGCUGUGGGGAGGCAGUUCCUGUUGUAUCUUUAAAGGAGCAUGUGCAAAUGUGCUAUACAGGCUCUGAAGAAUUGGAGGAAAAGGCAAAGGGACCCAGAAAAGAUAGGCCCAUAUGUGAUUUUGUAUGUGUGAAUCCAAAGGCAGACAAUACAGCUGAUGAGAAAGAGAAUGGCAUGUGCCCAAUCUGUAGCAAGAAGGUUGUUGUAGACUUAUUACCAGAGCAUGCUGAUUUGUGCUGCCAGUCGGAUGACCAUGUUGCAGAGAAAGAUAUGUUCAAAACAUUUGAAGAGUUUGUCUCAUCAAAAGCACUAAAUUCAGACAAAUGUUGGGACAUUUCUGUUUUGAGAAGACUGCUUGUCCAGCAAGCAAUGGCAGAAAUGGAACAGGCUCCAGAGGAAGAAUGGUCAAGAAAACUGGCCAUUACAUUUGUUGGAGAAGACGGUGUUGAUGCUGGAGGGUUGUCCAGAGAGUUUUUUUCUAUAUUAUUUGAACAAUCUCCAGUCUUUGAGGAUAAUUUAUUUAGCUUUGACUCUUCUCUUCUUGAGAAAAAGCAGUAUUAUUACAUGGGAAGGAUGGUUGUAAUGGGCAUCCUUAGCGGGCAUCCUGGGCCAAGAAACCUGCAAAAACAUGUUGUGGAUUACAUCAUCUAUGGAAAAGUCAACACCUCUGACAUACCAGAUGAUCAAAUUGAACGGGCUGAUGCACUUUGUGCUAUGAAAGAGAUUUCAGACUCUGUGGAUGAAAACAUUAUUGAAAAGUACAGUGACCUGCUAGAAGUGUGUGGAUUUAGGAAACUCUUGACUAAGGAAAAUAGACUAGAUGCUGUGUCAGCUAUUAAAAGUUAUUACCUUUUCAACAGAUUCUUUCCUUGUACUCUUCAGUUUAUGGAAGGUCUUCGUCUUCAUGGAAUGCUUUCCAUGAUGCAGAAGUUUACUUCAGCGGGAACAACCUUCCUGGUCAAGACACUAAAUGAGGAUGCUUCAGUUAUCAAGGAGUUUUUCAAGCCAGUGUAUUCUACAGAGGGACGAGAGAAGGAAGCAGAAGAAGUUGUGGUUUUCAACUUCCACCAAUUUCUCAAAAAGCUAGAACGUGGCCAGAUUUCAAGUACAUGGAUAGAUGUUGAAAAUGGGUCGUCAGAAGUUAUUGAAUUGACUAUGAGCAACAUGUUGCAGGCACUCAUAGGGUGCAGAUACCUUCCGAGAGGCUUUGGAGAAGGCAUCAUGUCAUUUGACCACAAAAGUAAAAAUUUCACAACUGUCAACACCUGUGCACCAUCCAUCAAUUUCAGCAGAAUAUCAGAGAUUGUAAACUAUGAUUCAUUUGAAGAAUUAAUGAAAAAUAUUAUUAUUGGAUCAUAUGGAUUUGGAAGAGAAUGAGUAUUUAGAAGAAAUAAGAUUUCUUAUUUAGUAUUCAUCUACACAAAAUUUAUAUUCUUGACGCAUUGAAACAUUGGCAAAAUGUCUGGCAAAUACUAAUCAGUGUUCUUAAUGAUGAUCUUCUAUUUACUAGGUACUGUUAACCACAAAAAAGAAUAUUAAAUGUAAGAAUGCUCAUUUCUCAAAUAUCAAUUAAGUUUUGAAUAUUUCUUAAAACUUAUGUUUGAGUGGAUGAUAUUUUACUAGGUAGCCUUACUAGUUACUACAUUUUAGAUGAAGUGGAUGUGUCGCUUGAUGCUAAAAUAAAGUGCUGAUACAUGUAGACUUAAAUUUUGUUGACUUAAUAUUGACAUUCUGGAAGUUCUUUGUGUCAUAAAGAUGAGUUUUUAAUAAGUAUUAGGCGCCUAGUCGUAAAGCAAUAUGAAAAAAUAGAACUGAAAGUGAUAAUCAAAUUUUUACAUGUUUAACCUGUUUAGGAAACAUGCUAGUAACUGUCAAUUAAUAGGAAAGAAACCUUUACUAAGAAUCUGUGGUAAAAUAUGUUCUCUAUUAACCAUAAUCAGUAUCCAUUCAUGAUCUGUAACAUUUGUUGUUUGACAUUUACAUGUGUUUUCACAGACACCUUUGAGAUGUAUUUGUUUUAACUGUGUUGGACUUAGAAGCCAUAUAAAUGUUAAAAUAGAAUUCUUCACAAUAGAAUAUGCAGAGAAUUAUAUUAUUAAAGUCAUGAAUUCAUAUUAAAGACGGUUGUUUUUAUCCCUCAUCAAUAUUUGUCAAAGGUAUAUAGAAAUAUUGGUAGGCUGUCAGAUCAGACACUGAUCAAAGGUUCUCCAGUGCCAAGUAUAACUAACUGUAACAAAUGUCUUACUAUCUGCAAGGUAGGGAACAAAUGACAAUGAAAUCCUUUCAGACUAAACUGCCACAAGUUACCGGCCAUUGGA